UAAUUUUUCUCACCGUCGAGCGUAAGCACAAAUACAAGUUGCAGACUUUAUCCAAAUUUAGGGUUUUCUUUUUAUCUUCUAUCAAACUCAGAUCUUCGAAACCCCAAUUUCACGAAUCAGAUCUCAGCUUCUCGGUUAAUUUCACCCUCAAAUCAACUAAGUUUCAUGUCUGAACUUGACUCCCAGGUUCCUACUGCCUUUGAUCCGUUUGCUGAUGCGAAUGUUGAGGACUCAAGUGCCGGUACAAAAGAGUACGUUCACAUCCGUGUCCAGCAGCGAAAUGGUAGGAAAAGCUUGACAACUGUCCAGGGCCUGAAGAAAGAGUACAGCUAUACCAAGAUACUUAAGGACCUCAAGAAAGAGUUUUGCUGCAACGGCACUGUGGUUCAGGAUUCCGAACUUGGACAGGUUAUACAACUUCAAGGUGACCAGCGUAAGAACGUGUCCACAUUCCUUGUCCAGGCUGGUCUGGUGAAGAAGGAUAACAUAAAGAUCCAUGGUUUCUAAGUUAUCUAGUGGAUCAUACUCUUAAUAAUAAAACCAUAUCAAUCUCUCCUUUCAUUUCUUGUUGCAAAUUCCCGGGUUUGAGUCGAGUAGAAUCGUCUUCUUCCUAGUGUUCCUCUGUUUGGUAUUCGAAUUUAAAAUGGCUUAUAUCCGUACUUCUUCAUCUUCUUAUUCCCCUGUUUCUGUGUUAACUCUGUUCCAACUCAUACCUAUGUAAUAUAUCAGAUUGUUGAGAUAAGUUCUAACUCUCAAUAUUUAUUGGUUUUAUAAAAUGAUUAAAAAGUACUA